GCAUCUCUCAUUUUCUCUUAUUAUUGAAUUUUGAUGAGUUGUGUUAUGUGUUGGGUUUGGUUGGAAGCGUUGAAACUAAAAGAUGGAUCACAGUGCGGAUGCCCAACGAACCGACCUCAUGACCAUUACCCGUUUCGUGCUCAACCAACAAUCCAAACACGCUGAGUCUCGCGGUGAUUUCACUAUCUUGCUCAAUCACAUUGUUCUUGGCUGCAAGUUCGUUUGCUCUGCCGUUAACAAGGCGGGUCUUGCUAAGCUUAUUGGACUUGCUGGAGAGACAAAUGUUCAGGGUGAAGAGCAAAAGAAAUUGGAUGUUCUUUCCAAUGAGGUCUUUAUCAAGGCUUUGGUCAGCAGUGGGAGAACAUGCAUUUUGGUGUCUGAAGAAGAUGAGGAGGCGACAUUUGUGGAGCCUUCUAAGCGUGGAAAAUACUGUGUUGUUUUUGACCCUCUGGAUGGUUCAUCUAACAUUGAUUGUGGUGUUUCUAUUGGCACAAUUUUUGGGAUUUAUUUGGUGAAAGAAGACCAUGAACCAAACAUAGAAGAUGUUUUGCAACCUGGGAAGAACAUGUUGGCGGCUGGUUAUUGCAUGUAUGGAAGCUCUUGCACGCUUGUGUUAAGCACUGGAACUGGUGUUGACGGUUUCACCCUUGAUCCAUCCCUUGGAGAGUUCAUUCUAACUCACCCUGACAUCAAGAUCCCAAAGAAAGGCAAGAUCUAUUCAGUGAAUGAAGGAAAUGCUAAAAACUGGGAUGGUCCAACUUCCAAGUAUGUGGAGAAAUGCAAGUUUCCAAAAGAUGGUUCAUCACCAAAGUCCCUAAGAUAUAUUGGAAGCAUGGUGGCUGAUGUUCAUCGCACAUUGCUUUAUGGAGGCAUCUUUCUGUACCCCGCUGAUAAAAAGAGUCCAAAUGGGAAAUUGCGUGUACUCUAUGAAGUGUUCCCAAUGUCAUUCUUGAUGGAACAAGCAGGAGGACAGGCUUUCACUGGCAAGCAACGGGCACUUGAUUUGGUUCCAAAGAAGUUGCACGAGCGAUCUCCCAUAUUCCUUGGUAGCUACGAGGAUGUCGAGGAAAUCAAGGCUCUCUAUGCUUCUGAGGAAAAAUAGGACGAACAUAUAUACAAAGCUUUCUUUGUCUUUUGCUACCUACGACCAAUGCUUACCUAAAUGUUAGACAAAUACAUGCUCAUGUUAAGAAAACUUGUUUAUGUUUUGUGAUUUAAAUAAUUUAUUUUAUCACAUUAUCUCUGAAUGUUUUUAAUAUUAAUACAACAACAAUACUUUUGAAAAAUAUUUUAAUGAUGAUUUUAUAAAUUACUAGAAUAUUUUAUU